UUCAGUUAUUAAUGACCGCUGAGCAGGCAGCACCAUGUCAGUGUGACAACUGAUCGGGUGAACGAUGCACCACUAACCACCAUGGAAACAAGGAGAAAGAAGAAGAAAAGCUAAUAAGCAUCUCUCUCGCUCUUGCUCUCCCCGCCUCCACUGGAUUGUGAACCUCCGACAGCCAGCAACAGAGCUCUGGUAAAAGUAACAGAUCUCAGCCAGCAGCAGAGAGAUUCCCUCCUAUUACAGGAUAUAUAGAGACAACUGUAACAUACACUAUCUGUGCAUGCAUCUACUCGGCUUCCUAGCUUUAGCAUCACUAUGUGGUUACCUGAACUAAGGAAUCCAAUUAUGCAGGAGUGUUCCAGGACUGAAAUUCCUCUCGUAGGGUCUCUUUCCCAUAACAACAAAGAAGGAAGACCUCAUGGAAUCUGAAGUUAAUUCAGCAAUCUAACUGAUCUGCUUCCUUUUCUAUGACCUUCUGGAUGGACCUCCUCUUCAAACACAUCUCAGUAUUCAUCUUUACAAACAAGAGAAACUUCAUUCUCAAAACAUGCCUCUCAUAACUGGACAAAUUGAUUGUAAGGGUGCCACUUAUUUCCCCCAAAAGGGGGUUUUUUGUACAUCUUCAGCAUGUAUCAUUUGACAAAUGCAAGCAUUUGUCUUAUCAAAUGACUGACCCUUACUGAACUUAAGAACUGUAAUUGUGCAAUCCUUAAGGGCCAAUUACUUUUCUGGAAUACAGAGCUAAGAUGAAGGACAUGCCACUCAAAAUUCACUUUUUACUUGGCCUAAUUAUCACUGCACUUGUACAAGCUGUGGAUAAAAAAGCAGACUGCCCACAGUCAUGUACGUGUGAGAUAAGACCGUGGUUUACUCCAAGAUCUAUCUACAUGGAAGCAUCAACAGUAGACUGCAAUGAUGUCAGCCUUUCUGUUUUCCCAAACAGAUUGCCUGCUGACACACAAGUUUUACUUCUACAGGCGAAUAACAUUGAAAAAAUUGAAUACUCAGACUUCCCAGUAAAUCUUACUAGUUUGGAUUUAUCUCAGAACAAUUUAUCCACAGUAGCCAAUAUUGCACUUCAGAAGAUGCCCCACCUUCUCUCUGUGUAUCUGGAAGAAAACAAACUUACGGAGUUGCCUGACAAAUGUCUCUCUGGACUGAACAAUCUCCAAGAGCUCUAUAUUAACCAUAACCUGCUUUCCACAAUUGCACCAGGAGCUUUCACAGGCCUUGAUAAUCUUCUUAGACUUCAUCUCAAUUCAAAUAGUCUGCAACUGAUCAACAAUAAGUGGUUUGAAGCUAUUCCUAAUCUUGAGAUUCUCAUGAUUGGAGAAAAUCCAAUCAUCAGAAUCGAAGAUUUGAACUUUAAGCCCCUUAUCAAUCUGCGCAGCCUGGUUUUAGCAGGCAUAAAUCUUACAGAAAUACCAGAUAAUGCCUUGGUUGGCCUUGACAAUUUAGAAAGCAUCUCUUUUUAUGACAACAGAUUAGUUAAAGUGCCCCACACAGCUCUUCAAAAGGCUACAAGCCUUAAAUUUUUGGAUCUAAACAAGAACCCUAUUAACAGAAUACAAAGAGGGGAUUUUAGCAGUAUGAUACACCUCAAAGAAUUGGGAAUUAAUAACAUGCCUGAACUGAUUUCUAUAGAUAACCUGGCAGUUGACAAUUUGCCAGACUUGAGAAAAAUAGAAGCUACCAACAACCCUAGAUUAUCAUAUAUACAUCCAAAUGCAUUUUACCGACUUCCCAGGCUGGAAUCGCUAUUGCUCAAUAGCAACGCACUUAGUGCCCUGUACCACAGUACAAUUGAGUCUUUGCCUAAUCUCAAGGAAAUCAGCAUACACAGCAACCCAAUCCGAUGUGACUGUGUCAUCCGAUGGAUUAAUAUGAAUAAAACUAGCAUUAGAUUCAUGGAGCCAGAGUCAUUAUUUUGUGUAGAUCCUCCUGAAUUUCAAGGUCAGAAUGUGAGGAAGAUUCAUUUCAGAGAAAUGAUGGAAAUCUGCCUUCCACUGAUAGCCCCCGAAAGUUUUCCAUCUAUCCUGAAUUUAGAAAGUGGAAGUUUCAUUUCCUUACAUUGCAGAGCGACAGCAGAACCAGAACCUGAGGUGUAUUGGAUAACUCCAUCAGGACAUAAGCUUUUGCCCAACACUGUUUCUGAUAAAUACUAUGUUCAUUCAGAAGGAACAUUAGAUAUCAGCGAUAUAACACAAAAAGAAAGUGGCCUAUAUACAUGCAUAGCAACUAAUUUAGUUGGUGCAGAUUUAAAAUCCAUUAUGAUUAAUGUGGAUGGCUCUUUUCCUGAAGAUAACCAUAGAUCUUUGUCUAUUAAAGUACAAGAUGUGCGGUGUAAUUCUGUACUACUGUCCUGGUCAACAGAUUCUAAAAUAGUUAAAUCUGCCAUUAGAUGGACUGCCUUCCCAAAAGAUGGAAACUCCCUGAUUUCUCAGAGUGCUCGAAUUCCAUCCCAUAUAAAGGUCUAUAAUUUUACACAUCUAACCCCAGCAACGGAAUAUACAAUUUGUAUAGACAUCCCCACUGUCCAAAUGCAGAAUUCAAGGCAAUGCAUCAAUGUCACCACAAAAGGACUGGAUCCGGCAAAGACAAAUUACGAGAAAAGCAACAUCAUCACAUUUCUUGCUUGCUUUGGUGUUCUUUUGGGAUUCAUUUGUGUGGUAUAUCUCUUCAGUUGCAUUUCUCGUGAAAUGAACUGUGAUGCAGGACACAGCUAUUUAAGGAAUUACCUGAAGAAACAAUCCUUUUCAUUCAGUGAGCUUUAUCCUCCUUUAAUCAGUCUUUGGGAUACUGACAAAGAGAAAAGCACAGCACUUGAGGUCCAAGCAACGGUUAUAGGGGUUCCAGCUAAGAUGUCCUGAGAUAUUAAUGUUACUGUACUUAAUGUUUUUAAAUGGGGUGCACAAGACUAUAAUUGUGCUAAAUAAAAAGGAACAAAAGUAUUGCUCUAUAAAAAAGCAAAAUCUUGGACAUAGCUGAUGAUGGUGGCUACAAAUAAGAAUAUUGAUUGGUGUGGAAAUUUUAAAUACACCUGUCUUUGAAGAGUACUGUGCCAACCAAAUUGUUUUCUAGGACUUCUUAUAAUCUAAGAGGCACUCAAUGGUGUCUAAGCAGUGCAAGUAGAUGAGAAAUUUUUCUGUAUUUGUUGCUUUUUAAUUCAAUGUAGGAAUAGUGGAACUGAGUAAUACCCUCCUCCUGUGUUGUAUGACACACAUUAGCCACGAGUUUUUACAGUGACCAGAUAAAACUAGAAUUGACCCGUGGUGUAAUGAAAUGGACAAAUUCUGUAGACUAGACACAGUGAGUAUGUGAAACUUUUUUUAUGAGGAAAAAUACAUUUUUGAUUACAAUAAAAAUAGCUUGGAUUUCU